CAUGGACACGCACCUGUUCCUUCGACUCGCAGACCUGAACGCUGCUAACACCCACAUACACACACAGCCACAUAGCGAGUCAGUAUCAACAUCGAUCGAAUCCGCAUUAACCUCUCGCAUGGACAUUGACAUCGAGCCAGCAAAUUGGCAACGCAAGGUCAGGCAAGGGAGAAUAGCAGCUUGCCUGAUUUUUCCUGGUGAAACAAUGAAAAUACCUGUAGCUGCUAUACCCAAUGCAAAAGGCAAUAGCUAUACCGAAGGCAAAAGGCAAUAGCUAUACCCAAGGCAAAAGUCAAUAGCUAUACCCAAGGCGAAAGGCAAUAGCUAUACCCAAGGCAAGGCAAGGCAAGAAAAGACAGAGCAGAGAGAGCAGAGGCCUGGAAAACAAUAGCUGUUGUUGAAGUUGCCGAAGGCUCUUGUCUGCAUGCUUCAGAUGUAUGUGAACGUGCCACCUGUCAUCUCUAUCUUCAGAGGUCAUCAUAACUCCGAUAUCGAUGAUGGCCAACCCUCUGACCGUGCCUCUCGAGAUUGACUGCUGCUGCCGGCAUGUAUGUGAACUCAGGGCGCUGACGACGAAGCCUCAGUCGCAGAAUCUGAUGCAACAAUGUACAGCAAUCUCUGCCGGUAAGAGGCAGAUAUGUUCCACUGCCAGUUGCGUGGGCAGACACACACCCGACCUGCACUCUUGCUUCCACCGUGCUAUCUCCGCUGACCGGUGGAGUCACCGUCUCCCUCCUUGCCACACCAACAUGUCCCUGUACUCGCUGACGAAAGUUUGGCUCCCUUUCACCUCCCAGCGCCACUCACGCCCGCAUCACACUCCAACACGUGUCUCGUGUCUGAUGCCCGAAGCUAUUCAUUCCUCUACACCGGUGCCGUGCCCGGCGAUUAACACCAUCGGUGAGCUUGACAUUGAAAAGGGAGGGAGCACGAAGGUCAAAGCUGCAAUCUUGUCGACAUGCCCCGUGCUGCAAGUGAACACCUGCCACGUGGUGAGCCCUCCAAAUGGUGGCCCGUCUGACAGUGACAGCAACAUGUUUGCCGGUGAUGGUAGGGCCACUGUCGUCGGCUUCUCGAGCGCUGCUCUGGCGGUGGCUGCUGCAGUGGCGGCAACAUCCUCAACCGGUGUGAGGAUCCGUGCUGUGGGAGAUGGCCCUCCCAACGGGAUCUUCGCGGGCCCAACAGAGGAGUUCAUGGAACUGUGCCACAUUCAGCUACAGAUGUGCAAGGAGCUCAUGGGUAACAAUGUGUGCUUGACGGUGUAUCUGCGGACACCGGAGAGCUAUGCUUCUGGGCAGUUGGAGCUUUGGCGAAUUGCGUCGGGUUCAGACAAUGUGGAUGUUGAUCGAGGGCUGGAGCGGCACGACGCAAUCCUUCACAUUGGCAGUGCUGAUGUGUCUCUCCCAAAGCGAUUUGCAGAACAGGCACUUGUCAAGCAUGAGGUUGUGGAACUCGAGGAGAAACAGGCACUUGUCCUGCCAUUGGCACGCGGAUCGUUUCUCGCUGGGCUGCUGAUUGUAGAGCGACAGAUUGCCGUUGGAUCAUCUGCAGCGCUGUCGUCGCAGCCGUCUGACGAGCAUCGGCCCCCUGUAUGGACGGAAGUGGAAUCACUGCCUUCUGGGAAUACCUUUUCGCCAGACGAGCACAGCGCAGAGUCUACGGCCUCAGUAUCAGGGGACAUGUCUUCAUGGGAGCCUGCAUUGAGUAUACCAGCACCAUCGGUGUCAAAUCUUCCGACACCGAGGAUAAACAAUUCGAGGCCGAAGCUGUUAUUUACAAUCGAGGAGCGUGCUGCUGCUGCAAAGAUUGCUCAGUCACUGGCCGUUGCCUGCAUAAUGGACCAGAGGUCAUUGCUGUUGCAAAAGUCGUCAUGGCAAAAGGGCCUGCGAAUCGAUGGAGGGCUUGAACAGAUGCGUGGACCUCUCACAGCACUAAGGACGAUCGGAAGGUUGCUGCGGCAGCAGUUGCGCAAGGAAGAGAUGAGCAGAGACAUGGUGGAGGACAUGCUUGUUCAAGGUGACCGGCUAAGUGAACUUAUUCAACAGCUCCAGAAGGUGCUGUAUGCUCCACAGCAAGCAUGUCGUGGGGGGCUGGAUAUCAUCACGGGCUCCUGCUAGUGUGUUUUCUUUUUCUGUAAUUGAAAAAGAAAAAGAAAAAAAAACUCAAACUGAAACCGGCAGAAUCCUACAAGAGUUGUGGUGGCUGAAUGGUACACAUGUAACUUCUGAUACACAGAUAAACAGAGUUUAGGAGU